CGCAACGUCAUCCUUUCCCCAUCGCAUCGCACAAUCACCACUGCUCCUGAUUCACACACAAACAAUUUGAACACCUUCAAAAGCUAACGCUUUCGCCCGAUUUCAACUUUCCACCGACUACACGUUUUUUCAUCGCCAUGUCUUCCUUCCAGGACAAAGCCCAAGGGCAUAUUGCCAACCUUGAUAAGGAGCUCUCUAAGUAUCCUGUCUUGAACAACCUAGAGAAACAGACCUCUAUCCCAAAGUCCUAUGCUGUCCUUGGGUUGGUGUCGUGCUAUUUCUUCUUCAUCUUCUUCAACAUCGGCGGCCAACUGCUCGUGAACUUCGCCGGGUUCGUGAUUCCCGGGUAUUACUCUCUCGAGGCUCUGUUCAGCGUGAGCAAGGCCGAUGAUACUCAAUGGCUCACAUAUUGGGUGGUCUAUGCGUUCUUGACCGUCUUUGAGAGUGCUAUCAGCGCCGUAUACUGGUUCCCCUUCUACUACACGUUCAAGUUCAUUUUCGUCCUCUGGCUCGCGCUCCCAAUUACUGGCGGUGCCCAAAUCAUCUUCCGCUCAUUCAUCCAGCCAGUGUUUGCCCGCUACUUCUCUGGACCCGGUUCGACAGCUGCAAACCUUCGCUCCAAGGUCGACUCCGCCUCUUCCGACAAGACCUUGUAAGCGACUACGCGAUCCGAAUUCUCCAUAUGAUAGUCAAGCAAGCAUAUUUUGACCGAAAUUAUGCACAUACGGGGUCUCUAUAAUGAAUGUCAAGGGGUGGCAGGUUAUGUAUGGGAGGGGUGGGGGAGGGGGAGGGGAACUGGGCGACGUGUCUCAGUUUUGGGAAAUGGGUGGGGCUAUUUGGGGCGGUGUUGCGGCUUCCGAUGGAAAUAAUGGAAUCAUGGCUUUUGGAACGAAUCUCCUAGGGCCGAGAAGCGUUCCUCUGGGGAACUCUUAUAGAUUCGUGUAUAUGAAGCCUAUCAAUCGAUCAUUUGACCAUGUGUUGGAGGUAUUGGUGUUGAAUGUGGACAGAUAACGAGAAGCAGGGUUCUCCAUGCCUGCGGAGCUU